CACACAAUGCUCAGAAGCCUAUAAAUAGGCAGCCUACACGUUGGUUCUCAUACAUUCUUGAAAGCUCCAGAGCUCUUCGCACUUCGCACUUCGCAGCAGUUCCUUUCUUUGAACAAAAACCAGACCCUUCCAUUCAAAGGAUUCCAUUCGAGGGAGUCUGAGAUCAAGUCAAAAAGUUUGAACUCUUGGAAAAAAUUUCAGAGAUGGAAGACAAAUCUAAACCCAUUGUUGAUGGAGAAGAAAGUAUCAAAAAGGAAGAAUUCCAUGUCAAAGUCAAGACGAAGAAUAUAGAAACAAAUGAUGUGGUGGAAGAGAAGAAUGCAACGGAACUUGAAUUGAAGACCAAAUCAGUCGAGAAAGAAAAGCCAAAAUGUAAGGAAGACGGAAGGGAGAAACAUAAAGAGGGAGAUGGGGAGAAAUCUAAGAAAAAGGAUAAAGAGUCAAAGGGGAAGAUGAAGGAGAAAAAGAAGAACAAGGAUGAAGAUGAAGAGCAGAAGCCGAAAGAGAAAGAUGAGGAUGAAAAGAAGAAAAAGAAGGAAAAAGAGUGUAAGGCCAACACAGAUGAUGAAGCUGGAGAGAAUGUGAAAGAAAAGAAAACAAAAGAGAAAAAGGAUAAGAAAGACAAGAAAAAGGAAGAGAAGGAGAAACAUGAUGGGCAUUCAAAGGAUAAAGAAGAGGACGGAGAAGGGGGAAAAGAAGAUAAAAAGAAGAAAGAUAACAAAGACAAGAAGAAGCACAAAGAUGAAGACCUGAAGGCGGAAGAAGAGACAGGGAAAGAGAAAGACAAAAGAUCGAGUGUUAAGGAAGAGGGUAAACACACAGGUAAAGUGGUGGAUGAGAAACAUGAGGAGAAGUUAGAGAAGGAGAAGAAGCAUGAAGAUGGGGAAAAGAAGGUGAAAGAUAAAGAACACAGAGAGAAAGAAGAGGAGGAGAAGAAGCAAAAGGAUGAAGCAGGUGAGGGAAAAGAUGAAGAUGAUAAGAAAGAAGGUAAAAAGAAGAAGAAAGAAAAGAAGGACAAGAAAGAGAAAGAGAGGAAACACUCGGAUGCAGCAGAUGGCGGAAAGUGUAAGCCUGAAGUAAACUCCAGGGAAAUUGAAAUCGAAGAAAAUGUUAAGGACUCGGAGGGGGAAGGAGAGGAAGAGAAUAAAAAAGAUAAGGCGAAGGAAGGUAAAGAGAAGAAGAAAGAAAAGAAGGAAAAAGGCGAUAAGAAAAGAAAACUUGAUGGGAAGGACAACAGCAAGGAUAUUGACAAGCUAAAGCAGAAGUUAGAGAAGCUUAACGGGAAAAUUGAACCCCUUUUGGAGAAGAAGGCAGAAAUCAUGAGGCAGAUAAAAGAAGCUGAACAAGUCGAACAUGGGAGUCAUGCCACUGCUGAGAAGCCCACAGAUGUGCCAGAGGCUGCUGCCAGCUCAGUGUAGCACUGUCGACUAGUUGCUACGCGCUUCACCUUUUUACAUUACCUUUUUACAUUACGUAGUAUGUGUGGUAUAUGUUGAGCUGAACCUUUUUACAUUACGUAGCAUGUGUGGUAUACGUUGAGCCUUUAAUCAUAAGUACUGAUCUUUAUAUAUAUAUAUAUACUGAUCUUUUUUUUUUUGGUUUUUAAUUUCAACAAUUAGAUCUUUAAGGUUUUCUUUUGGUUUAAAAUAAGUCCUUUUGUCAA